AUGAACCCCAACGCUGUGUGGCCGCGAACGGCCCAGUCUUCGCUCAAGAAACACCAAGUCUCGCUGUGUACAUGUCAGCGCCGAUCGCAUUAUCGUCUUCGAUCCUUUUCCACUUUCGCCGACCGCAAAAUCCACCAGAGCGCCGGCUUUUCGUCCAGCAGCAAGAACCAUGAUCGGCUGAGCCACCGAGCGAGGGAAAAGCUGCUCGAUCGGGAAUUCUUUUUGAGCUUGCUGAGCUCCGCGUCGACGCAGAGAGAAGCCAAAUCCUACCUGGCUCGGUUGAAGGCGCAACAUCAACCAGACCUCCCCCAGAAACCCACUUCAGCACCGGCCAGCACCGCUAAAAUCCCCCCUUUACCAUCCGGAGUCAAUCUCGGAUCAUUCUACGGCGCCUCAAGAUCGGUGUACGAAACCCCCGUGUUCCGCCAGGGUCCCACCCCCACGCCUCGUCAGGACCAACCUGAAAGGCUUCAUCUGGCAUUGGUCAAACUGUCGAUUCCGCAAACGCUCGAUGACACGAUUAUCGAUGGAGUCGCAAAGACCCUGGCGCAGCUGGAUAGACUGGGUCUGACAUGCUGUGUCAUGAUUGAUCCCGGGGCGGCAGAAGAUGCACGCCUUCUUCGCACACUUGCUACUGAGCAAGCCGACCGUCUAGCAAUUGCAAUCCACAAGCAGCCCGACUCCAAGUCCCUUCGACUUGAUUCGGUGUUGUCCGUCGACCCAGCCACCCCCCAUCUCCCUAAAGUGCUCUCCCGCAAAGCUCUUCUGAAGCCACUACGCGACGGCCACACCGUCAUUCUGACCCCCAUUGCGUAUACGGAGGAUGUUCCACGGGCUGUUAUGGUAUCAGCAGAUGACGCUGUGCUUGCCUUGACCAGAGAGCUGGCCGGUCUUGCGACGUUUCCGGAUCCCGACGAGGAUCCCCUGACUACCGCUGAACGGAUCGGUAGACUCCAAAAGGAGGUAUCUUUAGACCGGGUGAUUCUGCUGCAUCCACUAGGAGGUAUUCCCGCUUUCAACUGGAGGCAGUCAUCCCAUGUUUUCAUCAACAUGGAGCAAGAAUACGAUGACAUCGAAAACGAGUUACUGCAAGCGAGGGACGUCAUAUCGGCGGGAGAUGCGAACUUGACGGCGUCUGACAUCCUCCAGCAUCCGUCCUCCGUGGCGGUCAGCAACCCUCUCUCUAAGUUCGUCCACAAAGAGAUUGUGCCCUUGCCUCCAGCCCGGUCACUGAGUCCAAUGGUCCCAGAAGCCCAAAGAAGCGCAGUCGAGGGUCACUUGGAAAACCUGCGUUUGUCCCAGAAAGCGCUUGCAAUGUUACCAUCCGCUUCCUCGGGCAUCAUCACCUCGCCAAUUGAAGUGGCCAACUCGGCGAAAACAGACCAACCGUCGGACCUUUCAGUCGUAGGUACUCGACGACAAAGGAACCCACUCAUUCACAAUCUCCUGACCGACAAGCCAUUGCUCUCCUCUUCCCUACCAAUGAGCAGGCGUGGGCCCAUCAUCAGCGCGCAGGGUAUCUUGAACCCGGUAACUUCCCAUACGACAUUUGUCAAACGCGGCAUGCCUUUGACCAUCCUGCCCAAUCCGUGGGUGAAGCCGUGGUCCGCCCAGCGUCAGCCACGGCUGAGGCUGGACGAUCCCAGCAUUGACCUCCCUCGAUUAGUUCAUCUCAUCGAGGACUCUUUCAACCGGAAACUCGACGUACAAGACUACCUCAACCGUGUCAAUGACCGCCUCGCCGGUUUGAUCAUUGCGGGUGAAUACGAGGGCGGCGCCAUCCUAACAUGGGAGCUCCCUCCUGGAGUCCAGGAUGAUGGCAGUGCUGAAAACAGUGCGCGAAUGGUCCCUUACCUGGAUAAGUUCGCUGUCCUCAAACGCAGCCAAGGGGCAGGAGGUGUAGCAGAUAUCGUGUUCAAUGCCAUGGUGCGCACUUGCUUUCCCAAUGGCGUGUGUUGGCGAAGCCGCAAAAACAAUCCGGUCAACAAGUGGUAUUUCGAACGGUCUCUAGGCACAUGGAAACUGUCCGAUACCAAUUGGACCAUGUUUUGGACGACCCCUGGGCUCGUAGAGGAUUCGCAGAAAUUCCGGGAUUACGAGGCCGUAUGUCGAAGCAUCCAGCCAAGCUGGGCUGAGGAUACUGGCGUGGUAGACUGA